AUGUCAGUUAAUGCUGCAAAAGCUAAUGAUGCUCAAUUCGAAAGAGAUUUGACCUUCUUGAUGAAAUCUGAGCCAAAGAGAGAUCAAGCUGAUGUUCUUGGAGAUGAAAAGAGCAAACAUCAAGAGGUAAAUGAACAAAAACUUAGUAAUCCCAAGUUAAGAAAGAAGAAAUCAAGCUAUGAUAACCAACGUAAUGAUUCGCCAAAUAGGUCAAGACUUAACAAGAAAAAAUCUUACCAUGGUCUUAAGCCAGAAGGUCGUAACGCAAGUUUACCAAAUCUUCCAAAAACUGAACUGGCCGACUCAACUGAUGGAUCCAAAAGUCAAACAGAAAAGACUCCUGAACAAGAAGCUGCUGAAAAACAAAGAAGAACAAUUAGAAAUUUGAAAAGAAAAGAACGUAGAAAGAAGGCUGCUGCUUAUCGUAAGCUUGAACAAAAUCAAGAUAAAGAUUCUGAAGGUGAAAUUAGUGAUGCUUCUUCUUUUAGAAAACCAUUAGGUGAACCAGAAGAUAGUGAAUUUGACGAUACUCUCAGCUAUAUGAGUGACGACUCGAUGGCUUCUGGUAUUUCAACUACGAAAAAAAUUGGUAAAAGAGCAGUAAGUGCUCCAAUUCGAAGAAUUGAUUCUGCCACUUCAAUUGAUCUUGAUGAUACAAACACAACCAUUGAAGAUUCUUCCUUUGACUUAGAUUUAAUGAUUGCCGAUGAAAGAAAAAGAUCCGUCAGUGAAUUUUUACCUCCAACUCCAAGUUUUACUCCAACAAAAGAUUUAUUGAAUAGAAAGAAAUCAGUAAGUGAUUUAAUCAAACAACACGAAGGAAGCCCUUCGAGAAAUGGAUUAUUGAAUUCAAAAAGAUCAGUAUCUGAAUUAAUUCAACAACACGGGGGUGGUACAAUUAAAACUUUCAGAAGAGAUUCUUUAAUUACUCCACCAAAAGAUUUAUUAAAUAAUUUAAUUGCUUCGAAUGAAAUCGAAUCUCCAAAUAAAAAUGCAAAUCCUUUUGAAAUUACAUUAAGACCAACAAAGAAACAAAAUUCAAAUGGUAAAUUCACCUCGGAAUCAUUACCUCAAAUUCAAUCAAUAAAAACUAUCAUUGGUCUUUCUCACCAACAAAUCUUAAAUUUAGAAUUAAAUGAUGUUAAAAUUAAAACAAUUGUAUCAUCUUCAAAAGUUUCAAAAUUCGCUCAAAACGCUUUGAAUUUUGUUAUUAAACACACCGGUGACUUAUUUGAAGAUUUGGAAAAAAAAUCAGUCUUCUUCAAGUUAUGUAUUAACGUUGCAUUAUAUGAAUCAAUUGGUUUCCGGAAAACUAUCAGAUCCAACCCAGAAAUUCCUGAAUGGUUUGGCGGUUAUGAUGAAAUUAAUUUAGAAACAACCCGUACAAAAUUGACUCCUUCAAAUAAAGAUAUACAUCAAAAUAAUUUUGAUUAUUCAGUCUUAUCAUAUUUUGGUCAUAUAUUGAUUUGGGCUUUAUAUCAUCAAAGAAUGGGUAAAAUUAGUCCCUUAUUCAUCGAAAAGUAUAGUCUUGAAUUACCCCAAUCUUCAAUUAGAUCAAGUAUUGGUGGUUAUCAUUUAUGGGAUCGUCUAAUCAGAGAAUCUAAAGGUAUGAAUUCUAAAAGAUGGAAACAUAUCAUUAAGUUCAGACAAUCCUUUGCUUAUGAAGAAGAUCAAUUCAUGUUGAUGUUACGAUUCAUGAAAGUCGCUGAAACUAUUCCAUGA